UUACUUUGCCAUACUGAGCUCCAGCAUCUAAUAUUACAACUUUUUCUUGCUUCGUUGGUGAUAUAUCUUGCUUCAAAUCCGAGUGGCCAUUCGCAGAAGAACGAAAAACAGAUUUGCUCAUCUUCGCCGCCAUGUUGUUUUCGCAAGACUCGUUCCCAGACUUUUCAAUUCAUCGCUCAUUUUAAGUCAAGUCAUACCAGGUCAUACUUUGAGAUCAGUGGCGUAGUUUUGAAAACAGUUCAAUGUUUUGAAAUGGCUGCCAGAAAAUUGCGAUUUUUGAAAGCAGUAACCAACGAAUAUCGCGAGAAAUGUCCAGAACUAUCAAGAAUUAUGAUGAUGAAAUACUUUGAACGUCUAAAUGGCCCAAAUAUUGAAGAUUUUGGCGACAAUUUUCAGUGGACUUCAAAUGCCUGUGAACACUGUGGUACCAUAUUUACACAUAGAAACUGUACAUUCAGAAUUAAGCCUAAACGAAAACGCAGAAAGAAAUGCAAUGUAAAAAACGACAGAAAUCUGAACAUUAUUCCCAAAUCGUCCAAUUUCUUGCAAAUUCUUUGCCAUUAUUGUGGGUGGAAAAGCAGACAAGCUGGUGCAAGAAGAAAGACGAACAAUGGAUCAGAUCAGGGUGACAUGGUGUGCCAAACACCCGAAUUAUCAAGGAAUGCUCCUGUUACUCCAGAACUGUCCAGAAUACAGAAGCAAUCCGGGUCAGGAUUAGAAAAUUCAUCAGGAAAUAAAAAGAAGACGAAAAGCAGACUCAAGGAACUUCUUGCUAAGGAGAAAUUAAAAUCUGAUCAGAAGACAUCUUCUCCUAGUCUAAUAAAUUUUCUUGCCACUAUUUAAUAUAGGGUGUUAUUAUAUGAUCUUAGUUAGGCUGCUAAGUUUGGCACAGUUAUGAUAAAAAGAAGACGAAAAGCAGACUCCAGGAACUUCUUGCUAAGGAGAAAUUAGAAUCUGAUCAGAAGACAUCUUCUCCUAGUCUGAUAAAUUUUCUUGCCACUAUUUAAUAUAGGGUGUUAUUAUAUGAUCUUAGUUAGGCUAAGUUUGGCACAGUUAUGAUAAACAAUGCAACAUCAAAUGCUUUUGUAAAUAUAACAUAACUUAUAUAAAUAUUAGUUCAAAUCAUCCCACUGGCUUCAGAUGGGUGAAACUAACAGCUUGCAAAGCUUUGCUAAUUACAGUUAAAAAAAUAACUUUUUUCUUUUCUUGUAUUAUUAAAAUUAAGACAAUUUUUCUACUAACUAUGCUUCAAGUUGAUAAUAGAUAUUAGUUAACCUGUUGGCCCCUCCUACCUUGUGUGCUUGAUUUGACUCAUUUAAACAGUCAACUCAAGUUGUAAGCAGGUUGUAUGCGACAGUUUUAGGCAAAAGUUGCGUAGUAUGAAUCAGCCUUAAGAAUGCAUCAUGUCACAAACACAAUUACCGACAAAAAAUUAAACAAAAAACUGCAUUGAAAACAUCUAUAAUUUAUUUUUAUAUUUAGCCUGGCAUACUAAGAGAAAAAUUAAUUGUUGACUAUACAACAUAUAAAUUAGUGAACUGUACAAAAUAUAAAACUCUUCUAUAUAAAAGCAUUAUAUAUAUUAACUAUUUAUACGUAAAAUAAUCUGUCGUUUCACACACAAAAACACCAGCAAAACCGCAAAAAUUUCUAGGAAUUAUUGUAACGUGCCAUCCACUUUCGAAACCAUUUUCUUAGACAAGAUGACUUGAUUUCCUUUGAUAAGUUCUUGUGUGAGGCAGUCACGUUGAACCAAGAAAUAAAUAC